CAUGUUUUUACUAGUCUAUAUUAACCCUUUAAUAUUAUAUUGUCUUCUGCCAGGACUUUGUAGAGACUAAUGAAAGCUUGGUGUGGCUUCACCAUUGAUCGACAGCCGGCUUGACGUCAGGUCUGUGCUUUGUACGUCAUGUAUCUACGGUGAUCCUCCAUACUGACCCCAGAGAUGAGAAUGCGACCUUGAAGGAAAUAUGAAUGAUAUAAGCCCGCAGAAGUCUCCUGAGCAUAUUUAUUGUAUCCAAUAUUUUCUAUUUUGUUGUUUAAUAGUAACAACACCUACCUGAUCCAUACACUUCCCAGAAAAGGAGAGGAAAAAGCUUACUCCCUGUCAGAGAUAUCAAUUGCAGAAAACAAUUAAAAUGGGUCUCUUCGGACGUCAAUCCACCGAAUCGGCUGCCACAGCCUCUUCUUCCGUUUCCUCCAUGUCUCCCCGUCGGUCUCACCAGGACACCUCCCCGGAUUCGCAUCGCGGGAGAUUCUUCAACUCAAGACGCAACGAAUCCCCCGCUACGACAGCAUCUAUAUCUAAUGGUAGUAUGAAACACAGUAAUAGUGUCUUACAUCGCAGCGGCUUUCACCGCGAGGAUCCCACUAUUGCCGCUGCCCGGGAACAAGUCAAUCUCGCUGAGGGCGCUGAGCGAGCGGCCGAUAAAGCCCUUGUGGCAGCGAGACAGGCUGUCAAAGAUGCUAGAGAGCACGUAAAGAGGCUAGAGAAAGAGGCUGCUGAGGAAGCAAGGCUUGCUAAAAUCAAACAAGAUCAGGCUGCUAGCAUCUCAAAGAGGGCCAAGCCGUUAGGUCGUCAUGGUUAACCGGCUUUAUGAGUACUUUAAGUUAUUACCUCAUAGCGUACCCUCUCAGCCCGUCUUGAUAUUACGUGAUAUGAAGUGUUUUCUGUUUGAAUAAUGCUGUUUGGUAUCGAGAAGUGAGCUCUUUACUAUGUUGUAAUGCAAUCCACGCAAUGUUUUGCACGGGUAUGCAAGUCACCUGAUACCCUUAGGAGCCUGUUUGUUUCCUUAUAUGCACUUUCAAUGAUGUGAGCGAUGUAUCUAGUGUACUAUAUGCUUAAUGACCAUGAUAUUUUCGGAAAUA